AUGAAUAAUAUUAAAUUAACAAUAAUGACCCAUAUAGUAAAGUUAAUUAUGACAAUUAAAUGUUUAAAUCAUCAGAAAUCACACAAAUUCAUUUGUUAUCAAUGUAAUCAUUUGAUGUGUUCAAAAUGUAUUUUCAAUCAUAGCAAAGAUCAACCUGAUCAUUUUAAUCAAAUUGAAGAUAUCGAUGAAAUCAAACAUUCAUUGAGUACAUUAAAAUUAGAUGAUAUUAUUGACACCACCACAACAACAACCAAUAAUCAUUGUUCGAAUAAUAGUAAUAGUAAUAAAAAUAGUAAUAAUUUCAAAUCACAAAUCAACAAUAAACUUAAAUCUCUUUGGGAAUCAUUAAGAUCAUCGACAUCCAGAUAUCAAAGAUUAUCAACAACAGAGAAUGAAAUCAAACAACACUUUGAACAAUUACAUCAAUAUCUAACCACUGAAGAACAUAAACUACAAAAAGAUAUUUUCAAUGAUAAACAUACAAUCAUAAAUCAAAUCGAUAAUAAUGUUAAGAAUUUGAAAUAUUUAAUAAAUACUAUCAAUAUAUUAAAUAAAUUAAAUAAUAAUAAUAAUAAUAGUAGUGAUAAUAAUGAUAAUAAUAAUAUUAGUAAUGAGGAUACAUCAAUUAUAACAGAUACAACAACAUUCUAUUCAACAACAACAAUAAUGGAAUCAAUAACAACAAGUUCAUCAUUACAAUCAUUCAUCAAUCAUAAUAAUCAAACAUUGUUUUAUUUUGAUAAAAAUAAUAAUUUCAAUAUUGAUGAACUUACCAAACAACACUCCAACUCAUCUACAUCAUUAUUAUUAGAUAUCAUUCAUAAAUACAACAAUCAAUUCAAUGAAUCAACAACAAACACAGACAAUAAUAACUUAACAUUAUCAUCAUAUAAAUUAUCAAUCAAACAACCUGACUUCAAUCAAUUGAAUUCAAUCAUUAAACAAUCAAUCAAACUUGAUAAAAUUGAACCAACUGAAUCAAUAGAUACAACAACAAACAACAAUGAUAAUAAACAAUCUUAUAUUUUCACAACUCACCAUGAAAUGGGAGCAACACUUAUCAACACAUCAAACAACAAUUCAAUUGAAGAAUUAAAGUUUGAUUAUCAAUUUGAUUCUACAGCUCCAUCGAUUGUUUCAAUUGAUGAAUAUAUCUAUAUAUUCGGUGGAACUGGAAAUGAAAACAAAUGGAUUAAAAUAUCAAUGAAAUCGAAAUCAAUUGAACAUAUUGGUGAUAUCAAAGGAAUCAGAGGUGAUAUUUAUAUAUCAGUUUGUUAUGAUGGUCAAGAUCACAUCUAUUUAGUGAAUGGUUAUGAUAUACGUAGAAUUGAUCGAUUCAACAUCAAGACAAUGAAAUUUGAAUCAUAUCAUCAAUUACCUUAUGGAUAUGGUAUGCAAGUAUCAUCAAUGAUCUUCAAAGGUUCAUUAUAUUCAGUAGCAUUCAGUCCAAAUUUGAUAUUUCAAUUCGAUUUAACAAAUAAAACGAUAACAGAUCAUCAAAUUGACAUUAAACCAUGGUCAGGAUGUCACGAUAACAAUGGAAAUUUCUUCAUAUUGGAUAUGAAAAACAAACGAUUCAUCAAAUACAAUGUUGAAGCCAAUCAAACAAUCAAUCUCAAUGUUAUUCCUAUCACAUAUGAACAGUAUACAUAUGUGAUGUAUCAUCGAGAAUCACCAACAUCAAGUUAUAUCUAUUCAUUUGGUUCUUCCAAUGGUUGUAAUUUUAAAUAUUCCAUUGAAUCCAAUCAAUGUGAACCAUUCUUUAGAGAUAUUAUUAAUAAAAAUAGAGCGUGUAGUGCAUCUACAUCAAUUUCAUUUUAA